AGCCACGAUCGCGGCUCCGCUUCCGCCUGCGCCGCCUGGCCCCGCCCACCGCGCUCCGCCGGAAGGGGCGGGGCUAAGAGCGGAAGUGCGCCGGGGAACCCGGAAGUGGAGGCCGGGGAGGAUGGCGGAGGGGAUGGACGUGUCCGAGGGCUGCCGCCUGCCCGUGCUGCGCCGUAACCAGGACAACGAGGAUGAGUGGCCGCUGGCCGAGAUCCUGAGCGUGAAGGACAUCAGUGGGAGGAAGCUGUUCUACGUGCACUACAUUGACUUCAACAAGCGCCUGGACGAGUGGGUGACCCAGGAGCGCCUGGACCUGCAGCGGGUGCAGGGACCCCGCAAGGAGGCCAAGACCCCAACCAAGAACGGGCUGCCGGGGUCACGACCCGGGUCACCUGACAGGGACACGAGGAAGAGCCUGGAGCUGGCGCUUCCCAGCGGGAAGAGCAUCCCAGUUCCACCAGUGCCACCAGUGCCACCAGUGCCACCAGUGCCCGUUCAGAUCACCCUCCGCUUUCACCUGCCCAAGGAGAGCGAGGCCGAGCCCCCCCCGCCCGGCGCCCAGCGCCCCACGAAGCGGAAGCUGGAGGUUGUGUCUCCGGCCACUCCUGUCCCUGCAGCCACUGAGACGUCACCAGCGUCAGUGUUCCCACAGAACGGCUCCGCUCGCAGAGCAGCAGCUGCACAGCCGGGAAGGAAACGGAAAUCCACAUGUUUGGGAACGGAUGAGGACUCCCAGGACUCCUCAGACGGGGCUCCCCAAGCCCCCCGCAUGACCGGCAGUCUGGUGUCCGACCGCAGCCACGACGACAUCGUCACCCGCAUGAAGAACAUCGAGUGCAUUGAGCUGGGCAGGCACCGGCUCAAGCCCUGGUACUUCUCACCCUACCCACAGGAGCUGACGGCUCUGCCUGUGCUCUACCUGUGUGAGUUCUGCCUCAAGUAUGGGCACAGCCUGCGCUGCCUGCAGAGACACCUGACCAAGUGUGACCUCCGGCACCCCCCUGGCAAUGAGAUCUACCGCAAAGGAACCAUCUCCUUCUUUGAGAUUGACGGACGCAAGAACAAGAGCUACUCGCAGAACCUGUGCCUGUUGGCCAAGUGCUUCCUGGACCACAAGACCCUGUACUAUGACACUGACCCCUUCCUGUUCUAUGUCAUGACCGAGUAUGACUGCAAAGGCUUCCACAGUGGAUACUUCUCCAAGGAGAAGGAGUCCACAGAGGACUAUAAUGUUGCCUGUAUCCUGACCCUGCCCCCCUACCAGCGCAGGGGCUAUGGGAAGCUGCUCAUUGAGUUCAGUUAUGAGCUCUCCAAGGUGGAGGGGAAGACAGGGACCCCCGAGAAGCCUCUGUCGGACCUGGGGCUCCUGUCCUACCGCAGCUACUGGUCCCAGACUAUACUGGAGAUCCUGAUGGGGCUGAAGGCUGAGGGGGGGGAGCGGCCGCAGAUCACCAUCAAUGAGAUCAGUGAGAUCACCAGCAUCAAGAAGGAAGAUGUCAUCUCCACACUGCAGUACCUGAACCUCAUCAACUACUACAAGGGUCAGUACAUCCUGACGCUGUCCGAGGACAUCGUGGAGGGCCAUGAACGGGCAAUGCUGAAGAGGCUGCUGAGGAUUGAUGCCAAGUGUCUGCACUUCACCCCCAAGGACUGGAGCAAGAGGGGCAAGUGGUGAGGCCACGCCCCCUGCCGCAGGACACGCCCCCCUGCCGCAGGACACGCCCCCUCCAUCGAAACCACGCCCCUUACAUUCAAACCACGCCCCCUCCAUUCAAACGACGCCCACGUGGUACUUAAGCCACGCCCCUCCCUCAAACCACGCCCCUUCCACCCAAGCCACGCCCCCUCCAUUCAAGCGACGUCCACGUGGUCUUCAAACCACGCCCAUCCCCUCCAAGCCACGCCCCCUUCCAUCCAGACCACGCCCCUCUCUCCAAACAACGUGGUCUUCAAACCACGCCCCCUUCCAUUCAAACAACACCCACGUGGUACGUAAGCCACGCCCCUCAAUCCAAGCCACGCCCCCCUCCAUUCAAACCACGCCCCCGUGGUCUCUAAGCCACGCCCCCAUUCUGUUAUUAAACACUCAGCACUUGGUCCUUUUA